AUGUCGGCCCCUCUGGAGCACCAAGAUGCCCUGAAAACCCAGCCGCCUCGGAUCCCGAAACCGAAACAGACUGGUCACAAUCUUACCAAUAAAAUUCUUCAGGAAGCUUUCGAAGUUGAUUAUUACAUUGAUAAAACAGAAAACUGGGGUCAUAUUACAAUGCCCGCAUCUAUUAGAAUUCUGAAGGUUCGAAUUUCCAGACGCAUGAUGAGUAUGGCUUCAAGCAUCUCCUCUGUUAACUUGACUCUUUUUGUAGAAAUGCUGCAAUAA